AUGUUGACCCGGUCUUCGUUACUCUUACAGGUUCUGCUGCUGCUUGGCUCAACCACGGGCAUUCCGAUCGGCACUCCGGACCUACUGUCGACAGCACCCGGAGGCUACUUGCUGCAGAGCUCUCCAAUCCCUCUGCCGUUUACCCGGCUCAUCAACCCCAACAGGAAAGCUCAACUUCCUCAGGCCGACAGACAGCGGUUCCAGUCGCUUUACGGGAAUGCUCAAGGCAGCACGCCGGAUCAAGAGGCGGCUGUGUUUAACGUACCCAGCACUUUUCAAGUAGUCAGCUAUGUUGCCACUGUGGGCAUUGGUAACCCUCCUACCAACUAUUCGUUGCUCAUUGAUACCGGAAGCUCAAACACCUGGGUCGGCGCGAAUAAGACCUUCGAGUCUACUAGUUCAACUAUUCCGACGGGCGGGCUCUUCUCCGUCGAGUAUGGUUCUGGAUUCGUGGCAGGAUUCGAGGUCGAGGAUGUGGUAACAUUGGCAUAUGAGCUUACCAUCAAAAACCAGUCGAUUGGAGUGGCUGUUUUCGCGGAAGGAUUCGAUGGUGUAGACGGCAUUCUGGGGAUUGGUCCUGUAGACCUGACGCAAGGAACCAACGUCCCUAAUAUCAACGAGAAAACUUCGACCGUGACCGACAAUGCAUGGUUUCAGGGACUCCUUGCCGCGUAUGAGGUUGGGAUAGGAUUCGCCCCAGCUGACAAUGGCGAGCUUACCUUCGGCGGCACCAAUCCGACUAGGUACACAGGUAACAUCAACUAUGUUCCGAUCACAUCCACUAAACCGGCGGGCAACUUUGUCGGCAUAAACCAAACGGUGUCAUAUGGCGGCGUAGAGAUCCUUCACAAUGCCGCAGGCAUCGUCGACACCGGGACGACACUGCUAUUACUAGCAACAGAUGCCUUCAACAUGUAUAAAGCCCAGACUGGAGCCACGCUCGAUGAGCGGUCGGGGUUACUCAAGGUCACGCCGGAGCAAUAUGGGCAGAUGAACAGCCUGUACUUCGACAUCGGGGGCCGAAGAUACGAGCUCACACCCAAUGCGCAAAUCUGGCCCCGGACGCUAAACGAAGAGAUUGGUGGCGACAAGGACGGGAUCUAUCUAGUGGUUGCUGACAGCGGGAACGCGGCAGGAAGCGGCCUCGAUUUCAUCGACGGGAUGGUCUUCCUGGAGCGGUACUACCUUGUGUACGAUGUGGGAAACUCCCUCGUUGGGUUCGCUACUACCACAAAUACAUACUCAAAUGUAAAUUGA